CAUUCCUUUAUAAUCUAUUUCCAGUUUCCACCCCGUGACCCCCCUCCCUCCCCUCUCGCUAGCCGGAGAAAGCAGAGACCCAGAGAGAUGACCGCAUUUGUCUGGGUUGUGGUAUUCUUGGCCUUGGCUUCACCACUCGGAGUGGAGCCACGGCCGGAAUCCGAUCUGGUGACGGGACUCCCGGGGCAACCGCCGGUGGAAUUCCGGCACUACGCCGGGUACGUCAUGGUGGGGAGAGGGGAAAAGAAGGCCCUUUUCUACUGGUUCUUCGAGGCCCAGGGAAGAGCCGAGAAGAAGCCGCUCGUUCUCUGGCUCAAUGGAGGACCCGGCUGCUCGUCCGUGGCAUAUGGAGCUGCCCAAGAGCUGGGCCCAUUCUUGGUACGAAGCAACAGUCCCAACCUCACACUCAAUGCCUACUCCUGGAACAAAGUUGCUAACCUUCUGUUCCUCGAGGCCCCGGUUGGAGUGGGCUUUUCCUACACUAAUAGCUCAUCGGACCUGGAGGAGCUCGGUGAUCGGAUAACUGCCCAAGACUCGUACUCUUUUCUCCUCAACUGGUUCCAAAAGUUUCCAGAUUUGAAGUCACACGCCUUCUAUAUCGCCGGAGAGAGCUAUGCCGGGCACUACGUUCCCCAGCUUGCAGAGCUCAUAUUCGAAGGAAAUGAAGGAGCAAGCAAAGUUUACUAUAUAAAUUUCAAGGGUCUAAUGAUAGGGAACGCAGUGCUGAAUGAUGCAACGGACCAGCUGGGGAUGGUAGAGUAUGCAUGGAGCCAUGCUAUUAUAUCAGAUGAGUUGCAUUCUGCUGUCCUGAAGGAGUGCAACUCCUUCAAGGAGGAGGGGGAGGGCGGGCGGCAUAGCAAUGCCUGCUCCCCGGCCGUCAAGGCAUUCCUCCGAUCGUAUGCCGAUAUCGAUAUUUACAGCAUCUACACCCCAGUCUGCCUAUCCUCCCUCUCCAAAUCCUCUCGCCAGACCAAUCUUGUCGCCGCUCCUCGUCUCUUCUCCGAGCAUGAGGCUUGGCAUGGGAUGAGGAGGGUGCCGGCGGCAGGGUAUGAUCCAUGCACCGAGGACUACGUAGAGAAAUAUUUUAACCGAGAGAACGUCCAGAAAGCGCUGCACGCCAAUCUCACCCACCUCUCUUACCCAUACACUUCCUGCAGCGACGUCAUACAAAAGUGGAAUGACUCCCCAUCCACCGUACUCCCAAUCCUCAAGAAGUUCAUGAAUGCGGGCCUCCGGGUCUGGGUCUACAGCGGGGACACGGACGGGAGAGUCCCGGUGACGUCGACGAGGUACAGCAUCAACGCGAUGGGACUCCACGAGAAGAAGGAGAAGGGAACGAAGUGGGGAGGGUGGCGGGCGUGGUACCACAAGGAGCAGGUGGCUGGGUGGGUGGUGGAGUACGAGGAGGGGCUGACGCUGGCCACCGUGAGAGGGGCGGGGCACCAGGUCCCCCUCUUCGCCCCUGACCGUUCCCUCUCCCUCCUCUCCCAUUUCCUCCGGAGCCGACGCCUGCCUUCCUCGCGGUUUCCCUAGCUAGCUUUUAUUGACAGGACCAAGCAGUCCUGUGUCCUAGUCUGUAUCGCCAAGCCUUCUUGGAACUCGGGAAUGUGUAUUGCUUUACAAAUGGCAUUUAUUCUUUCAAUAUAGAAGGGGAAGGGCAAGGAAACUCUUUAACCUUUGUUUUUUUUGUUUUUGUUUUUUUUGUUUUUGUGUUAAAUUAGUUGUGAUGCAGUCGCAAAUGCGCAUGCCAAUUACUCCAGAUUCUAAAUAUAAUAUAAAUCUGAAAAACUAUCAGCAUGAAUUUGGUCCUAAGAA